AUGCCUAUUUCUAAUAAUCCUCAUUAUUGUCAUGAGCAAAUCCAAAUACCUCCAGCUCUUCCAGACAUUUUAAAGCAAUUCACCAAAGCAGCUAUCAGAACGCAACCUAAAGACGUUCUCAAGUGGUCUUAUGCAUAUUUUAAAGCGAUGGCACAAAGUGAAAUACCACCAGUUAAAGAAAGACUUGAGCUUCCAAUAAGUACACAAAAAACAGACACAGGUUUAACACCAGGAAUUUUAAGAAUUUUAAAUAACCAGCUUGCGUCAUUGAAAAUCGUAUCGUUAUCUGUCAUUGAAGAAAAAUGGAAAGAUUUGUCGCUACCGGUUGAACGAUUUCAAGAAAUUUGUCGCAUAGGAAAUUUCGCAAAUAUCUGUGAAUGGAGGUGGUUUUUAGCACUUGCUGCUUCUGAUUUAUGUGCCACAUUAUCAGAAACUUUGAAAUUGAUAUGUGAAAUUUUAACGGCAGAUCCUGAAGGUGGGGCAGCUAGAUUACCAUUUGAGCAAUGGCUAGAAUUCUAUCGUUAUCUUGCGAAAAUCGAUGAUAUACCAGAUGAACAUAUUAAUAAAGUGUUAGCUCAUUUGAGUUUUGAUAUUGCAACUCAAAAUGGUGCGAUUGCACCUCGUAAUUUUAUGCAUAAAAAUUGUCCGAAAUUAAAUCCGAGCGAAGAAGUAAAUUUACAUGCUUUUAUAGAAUCAACGGUUGAAGACUAA